AGGUUGCAGAAGGGGUAGGCUUUUAGGAAAUCACAUGGUUCACAUUUGCAGCUCUGUGUGAGACGCCAUUUUGGAGGAAAGUUUGGAAUUUGUAGCCUAGAACCUGGGGAGGAGGAGGAGGAGGAGGGAGGUAGAAGAGAAAGAAAAGAGAGCAGGAUUAAAGAGGAAGUAGAAGGAAAAGAGAGGAGGGAUUUACGCUCAGAGAAGUUUGACACGAAUGCAGCCUGCGCUGGGAAUAAUACACAUAGGCUAUAAAGUGUGAGUGCCAGUGCGGGAUAAAUCAGUCUGUGCUUGGCACGGUUUGAGUUUAGGUGUGCCACCACCACCACCACCAUGCAGGCUGGACUUUGAAGUUUUUUUUUUGUUAAUAUAGCCUAUCUGGAAUACGCAUCACAGCUUCCACAGAAGCAGCAUUGCAUGCACCGCCUGGCACUCCGCCGGCACGGAAACGGAGUGUAUUUCACAUGGAGUUUGGCACACGGAAGGUCCCAGUUGGAGAAAGCUAGAUUUUCCACUUUUUUUUUAAACAGCCACCAGUGUGUCUCCACCCGCGGUCAGCCUGCGCGGUGCACGCCGGGGCAGGGAGCCUCUCUGGCGGGGAAGUACAGCACUGAGAGUCGGUAACGCACCGGAGCUUUUUUUUUGUGUGUGCGUCUUCUCUGGACCCUACUCGCUUUCUGUGAUAUUACUUUUAACCGGGGCUCCUGUCUGUUGUUGUGUAAGUUCUCCCGGGGGAUUCGGCGUUGUUAUUGCCGGUGGACGUGUCAGUUUCCCCUGACAGUCAACCGUUACUUAACGUUAGUUUGUCGGAGGGGAACUUCGGUGUCUUCGUGGAGAUAUUUUCUUCGGACUUGGAGCGGUGACAGCGGCUUCAACUGGCGGAAUAAUCGAUACUAGACUGUAGUCCUGUGUGUGAGGAGUGUAUGUGGCUAACACAGAAGUAGCUCCAAACCGAGCCGAGCCGAGCCAGACGCUACCAUGCCAGUCAGAAAGAAAGAUGCACAGCGAGCGCUGCUGCUGCUGGAGGAGUACCGGGCCAAGCUGCACCACGCCGAGGACCGGCAGCUCCGACACUCCAUCCAGAGGGUCAUCGACAUCUUCCAGAGCAACCUCUUCCAGGCUCUCAUAGAUAUCCAGGAAUUUUACGAAGUGACCUUAUUGGACAGUCAGAGAUGGGUGGAGUCUUCCAAGGUGGCGGACCCCAUGGCGCCCGUCCACCUGUGGGACUUCUCCAGCCUUCAAAGCACAACGGUGACCUCGGACACUUUGCCCAGCCUUAGCACCAGCAUCGAGAAGUACAGGCACAACGAUGAGGACUCGUCCCCCCAGGACCAGAGCUCCCCCCAGCUGACGGAGGAGGCAGGGGGCCCGGAGCUGGUCCAGGUAGCCGAGAAGAACCUUUCCCAGAUCGAGAACGUGCACGGAUACGUCACGCACGCCCACAUCUCCCCCAUGAAGGUAGCAUCUCUGGAGUGCAUCUUUGAUGGUUCCUCAGCAUUAGGACAGCAGCACCUCCCGGAGCUCCCCUCCCCUACAUACUCCACCCUCUAUACCCACGGAGAGGACAGCCCCCUCCCCUCCUGCUCCUCCAACCCUUACCCCCCAAUCCAGCAGGCAGAGGCCAGCCCGCCCUCCUCUCCCAUAAUCCCUGUGAUCCCGGUCUCGCCAAUCGCUGCCGAGUCCGCCAUCAUCCCUCCGACGUCACAGGCCAACCCCCCCCCUGUGGUGGUCAACACCGACAGCGUGGACACGCCUCCAUAUGUAAACGGGACGGAGGCUGAUUAUGAGUAUGAGGAGAUCACACUGGAGAGGGGGAAUUCGGGGUUGGGCUUCAGCAUUGCCGGCGGAACAGACAACCCCCACAUCGGCGAAGACCCGAGCAUCUUCAUCACCAAAGUCAUACCUGGAGGAGCUGCGGCUCAGGACGGACGGCUCAGGGUCAACGAUGUCAUCCUGAGAGUUAACGAGGCGGACGUUCGCGAUGUGACCCACAGCCGAGCCGUGGAGGCGCUGAAGGAGGCCGGCUCGCUGGUCCGACUCUACGUCCGCCGGAGGAAACCCGUCUCCGAGAAAGUGAUGGAGAUCAAACUGGUGAAAGGACCCAAAGGUCUUGGCUUCAGUAUAGCAGGCGGCGUUGGGAACCAGCACAUCCCGGGUGACAACAGCAUCUACGUCACCAAGAUCAUAGAGGGAGGAGCUGCACAUAAAGAUGGGAGGCUGCAGAUCGGAGACAAACUGCUGGCUGUGAACAACGCUUGCCUGGAGGAGGUGACUCACGAACACGCCGUCACUGCCUUGAAAAACACUCCUGACGUGGUCUACUUGAAAGUGGCUAAACCCAACAGUGUCUUCAUGAACGACAGCUUCGCCCCGCCCGACCUCACCAACUCGUACUCCCAGCACAUGGAGAACCAUAUCAGCACCCCUCCCUUCUUGGGUCAGCCCCUCCCCCCGCCAGCGUCAUCGGGACGCUACUCACCGACCCCGAAGAGCAUGCUGGGAGACGAUGAUGUCACCCGGGAGCCGAGGAAGGUGGUGCUGCACAGAGGAGCGACAGGCCUGGGCUUCAACAUCGUGGGCGGGGAGGACGGAGAGGGCAUCUUCAUCUCCUUCAUCCUCGCCGGAGGCCCGGCCGACCUCUGUGGCGAGCUGAGGAAAGGAGACAGACUCGUCUCUGUGAACGGGGUGGACCUCCGUAACGCCACCCACGAACAGGCAGCCGCCGCUCUGAAGAACGCCGGGCAGACGGUGACCAUCAUCGCCCACUACAGACCAGAGGAGUACAGUCGGUUUGAGGCCAAGAUCCACGACCUGAGAGAGCAGAUGAUGAACAGCAGCAUCAGCUCAGGGUCGGGAUCUCUGCGGACCAAUCAGAAGAGGUCACUCUACGUCAGAGCUCUGUUUGACUACGAUAAGACCAGAGACUCGGGUCUGCCCAGUCAGGGACUCAACUUCAAGUUCGGAGACAUCCUCCACGUGGUGAACGCCUCGGACGACGAGUGGUGGCAGGCCAGACAGCUGACCUCCCAGGGGGAGGCAGAGGAGGUGGGGGUGAUCCCCAGCAAGAGACGGGUGGAGAAGAAGGAGCGAGCGAGAUUAAAGACGGUGAAGUUCAACGCCAAGUCUCGAGACAGAGGGCAGUCUCUCAAUGACAAGCGUAAAAAGAACCUCUUUUCCCGAAAGUUUCCGUUCUACAAGAGCAAAGACGCGAGCGAGCAGGAGACCAGCGAUGUCGACCAACACGUCACGUCUAAUGCCAGCGAUAGUGAAAGUAGCUACCGUGGACAGGAGGAGUAUGUCCUGUCGUACGAACCGGUCACUCAGCAGGAAGUGAACUACACGCGUCCCGUCAUCAUCCUCGGGCCCAUGAAGGAUCGGAUCAACGACGACCUGAUCUCCGAGUUCCCCGACAAGUUCGGAUCCUGCGUCCCUCACACGACUCGGCCGAAGCGGGACUACGAGGUGGACGGCAGAGACUACCACUUUGUGGUUUCCAGAGAGCAGAUGGAGAAGGACAUCCAGGACCAUAAGUUCAUCGAGGCGGGACAGUACAACAACCACCUGUACGGAACCAGCGUGCAGUCGGUCCGGCAGGUGGCUGAGAAGGGUAAACACUGCAUCCUGGACGUGUCGGGGAAUGCCAUCAAGAGACUCCAGCUGGCUCAGCUUCAUCCCAUCGCCGUCUUCAUCAAACCCAAAUCUGUGGAGAACAUCAUGGAGAUGAACAAGCGUCUGACGGAGGAGCAGGGCAGGAAAACCUUCGACAGAGCCACCAAGCUGGAGCAGGAGUUCACCGAGCACUUCACAGCUGUGGUGACGGGCGACACGCUGGAGGAGAUCUACGAGCAGGUGAAGCAGAUCAUCGAGGAGCAGUCGGGACCGUUCAUCUGGGUCCAGUCCAAGGAGAAGUUAUGAGGAUCGAAACUCUCUCCUCUCUUUUUAAGAUUCACUCGCUUUUAUUUUGAAAAAAAGAAACGUCGACGCGCAUAAUAACGGCAGCCUCACUUCCUCCCUCACUUCCUCCGCACACCGGGCCGACCACAGACUUUUAUUUUGUAGUUGUUGUUUUUUUUUGGUUUCUGUUGCCAGAAUGAGACUCCAUUGUUGUUGUUUUGUUUUUUUUCCUGACCAGCAAAAGCGAAAGCACACAGGAAGUACGAUGACAUCACACUCUAUGCGGUACAUCUCCUUAAUGUUUAAGGGAGGAGAAGACGAAAAGAAGACGAGUCCAUGACGGUGGCGAGAAGAAAACGUACGAAGAAGAUUUUUAUCUUUUAAGACUGAGUUUGAGUGUCAGGCAGAGUUCUGUCGGAGACACGAAAAAGAGCAAAAACUUUGCACGUUUGAGCUUUAACAGCAUGUCAGUUAACCACCCCUUUUAUUUCCCAUCAGCCCCUUCAGCGUCUGACGUCACUGCCUGUCGUCUUCUGUUCUGCAUUUCAUCUUUUCUCUUUUUAAUUUUUUUUAAUAUUUUGGUCACAUUUGGUUUUGCUCGCCGCUGAGGCGGACGAUCUGCGGGGUUCCUGCUC